GAAUGACUUUUGCAGCAACCCAUGUCGAUGCAUCACAAGUCGUUACAGCCUUGCUGCGCCGCACUCCUGCAUAAAUCAAGUCGCGCCCGUUCGAAGGCCUCGCGAUGGAUUCCUCGUCGUUGGGUGCUCUUACUUAGAAUCUUUGUCUUCAGUUAGUCCUCCUGUCUUACCCGCAACGCCAUGGCGGAAUUCGCAGCUGUUGGUGUCGCUGCCAGCAUAAUCCAGGUUAUCGACAUCAGCGUUAGGGUGAUUAAGCGUCUCAACGAAUAUCGCAAGAAAGGGGACAGUCUCCCGGACGCCUUCAAACAUGUCAGCACACGGUUACCGAUAUUCGUUCUUGCACUGAGAACAACCAACACGAAGAUCGAAGACAUGACAGAUGACGCAAGGAGGGCAAUGAAGCCAGCAAUAGAAGAAUGCUUCAGUCAGAUCAGGAACUUGGAGACGAUCAUCGAUAAGGUCUUGUUCAAACCGGGUGAUAGAGGGACUACGCGAGGAUGGAAAUCCGUCGUGAGUGUGAGAUACGACGGCGACGUGAAGGAACUGGACAAAGUCAUCCGAAGAUACAUGGAGGCAAUGCAUUAUGGGCUUUCGAGCGCGACACAACAUCUGGAGAACAAGAAGGUUCCGCCGAAACCAAUGAGUACAUGCCCAUUCGAACGAGAAGCAGACUUCGUAGAGCGUGAUGUGAUCGGCGAUGUCAUUCUACGGUGUCAACCUGGCUCAAGGUUGGCUUUGGUAGGCAUUGGCGGCGCUGGUAAGUCUCGGAUAGCUAUUGAGUACAGUUAUCGCAUACGACAAGCCUCGCCAGAUACCUGGGUAUUUUGGGUAACGUUCGAUACGCCAAAUGCUGUCGCUCAAGACUUCCGCAAAAUAGCGAAGGCAGUCGGUCUUCCAGGUUGGGACGAAAAAGCGGCAGAUAUCUUUGGCAUGGUCCGAGAUUGGCUCCGAGAUGAGUCCAAUGGACCGUGGACGAUGAUUCUGGACAACGUUGACUCUGUUGACGUUCUCACUACACCCACACCGAAAGCCGCAUCCAGUAUCAGUAUGGACGACGUUGCAGUCAUGCCGGAAAUCCGAGAUUUUAUAGUCACUUCGGCCAGAGGAUCCGUCCUGGUUACAUCGAGGAAUGCCGAGGCUGCACAGAUGGUUACGGGUAAUUGCGCCUACCACAUUGACAUAGAAGAGAUGAACGAGAACGAGGCAAUCACCCUACUCAGGAGAAAGCUCAGUAGUAAGGUUAUCCAUACUGAGGCCGAAGCUGCUGAGCUAGUUAAGACGGUCGACUUUAUGCCAUUAGCCAUAUCUCAAAUCGCGACAAACAUCAGCAUGAACUAUCCGAGGCUUACGGUUUCGAAAGCGACUGAGAAGAUCCGCACACCAAGUGAGGAGACGGCGCAGUUAUUGGAGACAAGUGCUCACGAAACGAGUCGCAACGCACGUAGGACGAAUUCGAUCGUCAAAACUUGGCACCUAUCCUUCCAGUACGUUAGCAGGGCACACCCUUCAGCUGCAAGGCUUCUUUCGCUGAUGUGUUUGUUCGAUCGACAGGGCAUUCCGGAGACGCUUCUCACCGGUCAAUAUGGCGAGGAAGUCAUAGCCGCAGCCACCCCACUUCAGCCCCACCUCAGUUGGUGGAAGCGAAUCAGACAACAGCGGUCGCAUCUCAUACGGCGCAGACGUGCGACUGAGAAAAGGGCAACGGGCACUGUAACAUCCAAUGCUCCUUCCUUUGAGGAAGACUGGAAAGUCCUCACGAAUUUCGCACUCAUCAAAACGAACUUGGAUGGAUGUCACUUUAACAUGCAUCGGCUAGUGCAAUACACUACCAGAAGGUGGCUGGACAUCAACAGACAACUGCGAGCCUGGACGCAGAGAUUUAUCACCAUCAUCAGAGACCGCUUCCCGAAUCCUGAACAUGAAAAUUGGAAGAUCUGCCAAUAUCUUUUCCCACAUGCCCAACAAGCCGCCGGAUAUCGCCCAGACAAUAAGACAGUGCUUCUGAUGUGGGGGCCGCUCAUCCAGAUGGUAUCACGAUUCGCCUACAUCAUGGGAGACUACACGGCAGCGGAAGACUUGGGUCGCAAGGCACUAGCCGCACUCAAAGAAGUUCAAGGACCGCAUGGAGAAGACGUCCUUCGCGGAUUCCAUCAACUAGGCCUUGUGCUCAGCAUCUUCAAGCGACACAACGAAGCAGAGGAGAUGUUCCGAAAAGCGAAUGACGGAAGACUAGCUUUGCUGGGUCCAGACCAUCUAGAUACCCUAGACAGUGCGAACAAUCUGGGGUCUCGAUUGAACAUGCAGAAGAAGUAUGAAGAAGGAGAGGCCUUCCAUAUGCGGACAAUUGAGGGAUACGAGCGGGUUUAUGGACCUAACAGUACAGAAACUCAGUCACUCAUGGCCAGGCUUGCGCUCGCGUAUAUCAACAAUGGGCGUUACGAACAGGCAACGGCGCUUCAUCGAAGAGUUCACGGCAUUCAAGAAGAAGAGUACGGCAAAGGAACUCACGAUACCUGUCAUAGCCUACGCGCCUUGGGUGUUCUACUCAGCAUGCAAGGUAAAGCAGCUGAGGCUGAAAACAUACAUCGUCAAGUUGUGCGUUUCCGAUCAGAGAAGCUGGGCCCCGACCACUACGAAACGAUUACGAGCGUUAACUUUUUGUGCGAAGCGCUCGUCAAGCAAGGCAAGCUGGAUGAGGCUGUGGCGCAAUGGCGUGACGUUGUUGAAAUCUAUACCGACCUCGAUAAAAAGGCACGACAAGAAGCGUUGCAGAGCAUGAACAGCCUCGCCGAGACGCUCCUUCAACAGGGUCGACUUGAAGAAGCAGAGACAGUCUGUCGUCACCUUAUUACAGAGAGCGAGAAGCUCCUAGGAGCAAAUGAUGUCGAGACGCUGGUUGCCGUUCAUACACUUGCAGACGUCCUCAAGAAACAAAAGCGAUACAAGGAGGCUCUGCCGUUGUACGCGCACGCUCAUGUCGGCACUGAGAAACGUUGUGGCGUCGAUCACCCUGAUACAAAAGAGUUUCUGGAGGAUUUAAAUCACAUGAAGAGCAUUCUGUUCGUGUAGCGGGUCAAGCACAUGUGGCUUUUCUGCGCCGCUCAGCCCUGGAACUCAUUGACCAUUGCUCCGUGUGCAACGUUUAUCGCGCAUCUUUCUUCACCUCAUUGUCUCAUCAUGAUCUGCUUGCAUGUUACGUGCAUUGCGUACUUGCAGUUGUACAGGUCGUACGAAAUUCCAGUCGUAAUACAUUAUUCUGUUACCAAUAGCUAUUUCUUGUGGUUGUUUAAUCUGUGUGAAGAGAAUCUAACGAGAACGUUAUAUCCAUCCUUCGAUUACACAGUCUUCUCGCAGUUCUCGCAGGCUCUUCAUAUCUGAGGGCAGUGAAAUUCUGUAUUGGAAUAGACGUAGUUGUGAGAGCAGUGACGUAAGUCGAAGUGAAU